AUGGAUCAUUCCUCUGAUCAUUCUUCAACAUUAACACACUUAAUUGUUUCGGAAGCAAUCCGCGAGUUAGAGAAAUCUCUUGAUGCAAACCAGGAGAAAAGUACUCCACUAGAAAAUCGUAUGUACACCUUAGGAAUAAAACCGGGAUUUGCAAUCGCUGGCAUAUUAUGCAAGAGUGGAACCGAUUUUUCCUCGAUUGAAGAUUGUUCUAAAUUCCUCGGAAACAAGUUUUCACCUAUCGUUUUAAAUCCAUGCAGCGGAAUCAAUCAACAAGCUGACAAACAGUCAUUUUCGAUUUUAUUUAAAGGCCAAAACUUACCAAAAUUGUUUACUUGCUUACUCGGACAGCAAAAUCAACAACAACAGUUAUGGUUUAAGGGUUACACUCAAUUCUACAAAGGAGUUUACAUGGGAGCUCUCAUGCAUAUGGGAUAUAGUGCAAAAGCAACUGUUGAAAUGAAUCCAAGCCAACUUAACCUCAAAUUCGAAGAUAUUAAAGAACUUGAUAGAGAUUCACCAUGGGAAAACGCAUUUUCUACAAUCUAA